AUUCUUAUCAGUAUUGGAGUUAGAUAUCGCGAUAAUACACCGGUAUGUAUCAUUAUCGUGCACUCGUGUCGUUCCCAAUUAACCUAACAAAGUGAGUGAAGUGAAAAAAAAACAAAUGAAAUAAGUGUUUGUGUGAUUUGAAAUAUGACAAUGUGGUGUAUAGUUUCUCUGUGAAUAUACGAUUGGAUCUAUGAAAGAAAAGUAUUAUCACUACUUACAAUGGCGUUCGAGCGCGGGUCUGCUGGCUCCGCAGCUGGCAUGCCAGUCAUCCUCCCCGGCGGCGUCAGCGCCGGCGCCGCCGCUCCCCGCGCCGGCGUCACCCCCGCGCGUGGUCUCCGCCCCGCCCGCCGCCAUCCAGCCCCCUCCCGACCCCGCCCCGCAAGACCAAGAAGAUGGCGUCAGAUUGCGGCGCACACACACUGUCGCUGUACGAGACUACCUCAAGAGGGAAACGCAGACGUUUUUCGGCGUUCAGAGGGAUAACGAGAGGGAACAAAGACGGCUGUGGUAUGAGAGGCGGAGGAGGCACGCGGCGCGGGCGCUCGGUGACCUCCGGCCCGACCUGCCGCCCGAUCAUCAUCCUGAUGAUGAUGAUAUUAGUAUGUACGGAGCGUCGGGCGCGGCACCCAGGGAGGCGCGGGGGCGCGCUCGCGAGCGGCCCGACGUGCUGCCUGCGCCGGCGCCGCUGGAGGAGCCCGCGACGCCGACGUUGCCGCGCCCCGGCAAGGACAGCGUGGCGCGGCUCACGCUCACUGGACUAUCUUAUGUUGUUACUGCGGUGACGAGACGCUCGCGUCAAUCAACGUCGGCGCAAUGGUCGCGGUCGUUCCGCGGGGCGGUGCCGCACGAUGACGUCGACGUUGAUGACGUGUUCUUCACACUGCCGACGUCAGCCACUCCGCUGCAGCAGCACGACGAAACGGAUCAUGUUGACGGGUCUAAGGGUGCGAGGUCCCCAAUUGGUUCGAACAGCGUGGAAUAUCGGAGGCCGGAGCGGAGUGUGUCGUGGGGCGCGGGGGGCGCUCGCAUACACACACCGAUGUUGGAGCCCCUGGCUGACAACUCUAAUCGGAGGCAGUUCGGGAUGGGUGUUGUUGGUAGAUUCUUUAGGCGUUCCCUUCGGAAGUCGGUGGCGCACCAAGACGAGGUAGCCCGCCAGCUGGACGAGCUGACGGACUACCGGCCUUACUUCACGUGGUGGGUCAGCACAGUGCAGACGCUGGUGCUGCUGCUGUCACUCCUGUGCUACGGCUUCGGCCCGGUCGGGUUUGGCCGGCACACGCACUCCGGACAGGUUUUAGUCAAGAGUUUGAGUUUACAACAGGUCGAAUGGGAAGAGCCAGCGUCAUUUUGGCUGGGCCCUCGAGCGGCGGAUCUAAUACACUUGGGGGCUAAAUUUGCCCCCUGCAUGAGAAGGGACGCGAGGAUAGCACGGGCCAUUGCUGCGUCGGCGAGGAGAGAAAGGGAUACUGCGUGCUGCAUACGGAAUGAUGACUCAGGAUGUGUGCAAUCGUCUAAGGCUGACUGUUCGAGUACGAUCUCGACGUGGAAGAAAUGGUCAUCGGGCGAGUCUGGGCCGGGUGGUCGGAUAUCGGGAUCAGUCUGCGGGUUGGACCCUAAGUUCUGCGAAGCACCACGCUCGAUAGCACCGCACGAAUGGCCAGAUGACAUCACAAAAUGGCCGAUUUGCCGCAAAUCAGUUCUAGACGGGUCUGCGGCAGCGGGCCGCGCGGGUCAUGCUGCUGAGCAUAUGGCUUGCGAGGUCAUCGGCCAUCCAUGCUGUAUAGGGGUCCACGGGCAAUGUGUCAUCACAACGAGAGAACACUGUGACUUCGUCAAGGGUUAUUUUCAUGAGGAAGCGUCAUUGUGUUCUCAGGUGUCAUGUUUAGAUGAUGUAUGUGGUAUGCUGCCGUUCAUGCGAAGAAGACGACCAGACCAGUUAUACCGGGCCUGGACGUCUUUAUUCGUCCACGCCGGCUUGCUGCAUCUGGCUGCAUCGCUGGCGCUGCAGUGGCUCUUUAUGAGGGACCUGGAGAAGAUGGCCGGGCCUGUUAGAAUAGCUGUCAUAUAUUUAGGAAGUGGGGUCGCCGGGAACAUGGCGUCUGCUAUAUUUGAACCUUAUAGGGCUGAGGUGGGGCCAGCUGGAUCACAUUUUGGUCUACUAGCAUGUCUAAUAGUAGAAGUAAUAGGCGCGUGGCCUCUUCUGAGGCAUCCGAAGCGUGCAAUCCUUAAACUUGUCGGUAUUGCGAUAGCGUUAUUCCUCCUGGGCCUUCUGCCUUGGAUCGACAAUUUCGCGCAUGUCUUCGGUUUCGUGUUUGGUUUUCUACUGGCGUACGCGUUACUGCCGUUCAUAACGUUCGGGCCGUAUGAUAGGCGGCGGAAGAUAGCGUUAGUGUGGGUCUGCAUGGUGUCGGCGGGGGGCAUGUUGUGCGCUCUGGUGGCGCUGUUCUACGCGGCGCCGGCGUACGAGUGCGCGGCGUGCGCGUACUUCACGUGCCUGCCGUUCGCGCCCGACAUGUGUGCCUCGCAGGACGUGCGCGUGCGCCAGCUGGACGCGGUAUGACGGCGCGCGGCCCGGGCGCGUCCGCCGCCGCCGCCCCCCGCCCCGCACUGUCCCGCACGCACCCCGCCACUGCAACACUCACAUUGGUACAGAGACUCAAUUAACCCCCUAUUGCUCACUGACUACAUGUUUGCCAUACAUUUAGCGUCAUAGAAUGAGAUGGAAUGCACAAAUAGAAGUUAUACUGAUUGACAGACUCCUGACUAGGUCAGAACGAAUUUUGUAUGUUACAAGUACAGAGUUGAGUUUCUGUAUACAGUGUUCUGUGUUGCCACUGCCCUUUUCAGCGACCGUGUGGUAUGAGAGUGCGAUCUAGUAUCUAUCUAGGCGAUCUGUUGAAAGUCUGUAAUCGUCGAACUAGACUAUAAAGUGUAUGCGAAUAUUUCAUCGAUUAUUUAAUUUAUCAAUAAGCGUGUUAAGGUUCGUUGGGUAUAUUUUGUGAACUUUUAUUUCACCUCUAUUUCCUGUUAGAUCGAAUUUAUUGUGCAAGCUAUUCUUACGCCAUCAAAAAUUCAAAAAAUCCUCAUUUAUCCUACUUAAAAAAGCAACUUCUUUAACCUAAUUUUGUAAAAUAUUUCAAAUGGAUGGCUCGUGAAAUGAAUUCGAUUCUAAAUCUGAAUAUAAGAAACAUUGUGCUAUAUGAAUCCACGGAUUAGACUUAAAAUUACGGACGCGACUUAAAUGUAAAUAUUCUGUAAAAUAAAACAAUUAUGGUAUUAGGUAAGAAUAUUAUGUUCUUUCUGCGUGAGUAUUACGGGGAAUUCGUUACGUCACGUUGUAAAUCAUUAAUUCUGUAUCUUUACACAAAGUUUAUACGUAUGUACACCGAACAAAAAAAAAAAUAGCACCCAAACCAAUUAAAAAACAAUAAUUUCUUCUAUUGCUAGUUCUUUGUUUAUGUGACGUAACGUGAUCUUGUAACAGUGUCAAAUAUACAUAAUUUAGUAUAUUA